CAGUCUCGCGCGGUGAGGCAAGUAAGUGGAAUUGGGCGCUGGACAGUCUGGCACGGUGAAGCUCAAACAACGAGAGUCAACCGGGAAACAAAGAGCGAGGAGGAACAAGGGGUUUGAGAACAAGGAAGGCGGCGGCGUGGCAAAGGCGCCUUGUCCUUUUCUCUGUCCUUAGUGCAAAUUCUCAGCCCUGGAAAAGUUGCGUGUAUUUCACAGUGGUUUCUAUAUAUUUGAACAGACAGCUGAGAAUUCAGGUCAAAUAAGUUUUUCCAGACAAGAUAUUGUAAAGAAACAGCAAGAUGAACAGGAAACUGGAAUAUUUUAUAAGAUCAAUAAGGCUACAGGCAUGUCACAAUGCUGGGAGAUCUUUUCCUAGAAAAGAAAUCAAAGCAACUGCAUUUGGGAUUAGUGGACAUAAAAAUUCUGCACAAAGUAUUCAGUGUCCAUUGUAUGUUCCUUCUUGCUGGCUUCAUUCUUCUAUUUCAAUUAAUUCUCAAAAUACUUUUGUUUAUGUUGGGAGCAGUGAUUCAAAUGAGCAGAAAAUAACUAAUGAUCUUGACCAUGAGCAGAACUUGAAACCAGUUCAGUUGAAUUCCUCAGAGGAGGUUAGAAAUACCAUUGAAGAAAGGGAUGAAUUCGACAUUUCCCAGCAAUUUUUCAGUGACCUUCAAAAAUGUGUAUCUCCUUGUGAUGUACUAGACAUUGCUGCAAGAAGUCAAGUCUCUUCAAAGUAUGUCAGUAACUGUUUUUCAACUAUGUGGAUGCUUAAAAAAAAUAUACUUAAGAAUCAGAAAUAUGAUGAGACAAAGAUGAUGCUUGAACAUCCUCAGUUUCGACAGCUCUGUCAGUAUACGAUGGAUAAUGCAAAGUACAUAGAUAGCAAUGAUUUGGCACACACACUACUUUCUGUGGUAAAAUUGGGAGUUCCACAAAAUACCUUGUUAGUUCAGACAUUACUGAGGACUUGCCAGGAACGUGUCAAUGAAUUCAAUGAUCGAUGUAUCUCAAUUAUUGCAAAUACUUUGAAAGUCAUGGAAAAAUCCAAGAAUGUGGAAGCUCUUCAACUUGGACUACAGUUACUUUUACAAGACAAAGUCCACAAAAUAUCAAACGUGUUUGUAUUGCAAACCAUAAUGCGUAGUAUCGGGAAGGAUGUACCACUGACACUUAAGAAAAAUUUGGAGAACAAGAUGUUAAAUCUGAUGGGUCACUUUACAGUUCCAAAUGCUUUUCAAAUGUUCAGAGUAUUGGGUGAAAUGGACUAUCUCUCUGUUCCAAUCCUGAAUAAUUGUAGUAAGACUAUAAUAGAAAACAUUGAAGGAACUCAAUUUUCGAACCUGCUGAAUGUUUUGAAAACUGGCAAACAACUAAGAUAUCAAAAUAGGACACUUUAUUCUGCAUUAGCUGAUUAUGCUGCAUCAGUCUUCUAUACAUGGAACAGAAAUGAGGUAAUUCUGUUACUUUCAGCUUUUGAAAAUCUUAGUGUUCAUCCAGUCCUACUAAUGGAUAAAUUCCUGGAGGAAGUAAUGCUUCACCCAGAAUCUUUGAACCUGAAAGAUGUUAUAAUUAUUCUGCGAGCCUACUCUAAUCUCAAUCACUUCUCCAGCGUCCAAAACCAAGAGUUUCUUGACUCUCUGAAUAGUAUAUUGAAUGAACAUCUACAUGAGAUUGAUAAUAUGGAUUUACUAAGAGUUGUAUAUUCAUUCUGUCUUGCUGGAUAUCUCCCCCAACUUGCUCUUAAUCAACUGCUUCAAGAGGAAAUUAUCAGUGAUCUACUAAAAUCAGGAAACAGUUUAACUAUGUUGUCUGCAAUAAAUGUUUGUCUAGAACUUGAUGGAAAUUCUUCUACAACAUCAACAAUUUUAUCAGAGAAAUUAUCAUCGUUACCAAAGAAAAUACUUGAUCUUAGUUAUCCUGAAAUACAAGAAGCCCUGCUUACGCUUUUGGAAAAUGAAAAUUUGUUUCAGACAAAUGUACAAUUGACUCAAGGUUAUUGCUUAGAUUUUGAAAUUUUAAUGGAUACAAACCGAAAAAUAGCAUUGAGAAGCACAAAAGCAGAUCAGCUGAAAGGGGAUCCCAACCUCAAAAGGAUAGCAGUGCUGUGCCCACCUGCAAGUGCUUUCUCAAAUCCCUCGCGACACCCAAAAGGCAGAUUGGCAAUGAAAAUGAGACAUUUAAAUCGACUGGGAUACCAAGUUAUAUUGGUUUCCUACAAGGAAUUCCAAAAGCUGGAGAAAGACGAGGCGGUUUUGUUCUUCAAAAGACAAAUAUUUUUGGCAGAAAAUAUUUAGCAUCUGAAUGAAGUACUCAAGAUGACUGUAUUUAGAGCAUAUUUGUGAAAUGAGUUUCUGGAAGCAAGUCCAGCUGAGUUCAAUGAGAUUUGGGUUUUGAAUAUUAAAUCAUAGUAAUUGUUGCUACUUUUGUAGUUCAAGAAAAAAUAUCUGAAUAAGAUUCCUUAAUAAUCCUGUCUCUCAAAUUCAUAUUUUUCCUGAAAAUGAAGAAGGACGUAUGUAUGUGACUGCAAGUAUAUUUACCAUAACCCAGUGGAUGCUAACUAUUGAGUAGGAAUAAAAAAUCUUAUUGUUUUCA